AUGGCGCCGCCCUUUAUGGUUUCUGCGCCAGGCAAGGUGAUUGUCUUUGGAGAACACUCUGUUGUGUAUGGAAAGCCUGCCAUCGCCGCUGCCAUUUCACUACGAUCCUACCUCCACGUCACAACGCUGUCCAAGUCAAAGCACACAGUCUCGCUUCGCUUCCCCGACAUCGAUCUCACCCAUACCUGGGAUAUUGACAAUCUUCCUUGGGCCCAAUUUCAGCACCCAGACAAGAAGAAGUCAUAUUUCUCAUUGGUCACGCAGCUGGACCCUGAGUUACUGGCUGCUCUGCAGCCGCACAUCGACGAAGUCUCCCCAGACCGGCCAGAAGAGAUUCGAAAAGUUCACCGGAACUCUGUCACAGCAUUCCUCUAUCUCUUCCUCUCUCUUGGUUCGCCGCGCUUCCCAGGAUGCCUCUACACUCUGCGCUCCACAAUUCCUAUUUCAGCUGGGUUGGGCAGCAGCGCCUCCAUAUCCGUCUGUCUAGCCGCUGCUCUGCUGCUUCAGCUGCGGACGCUUUCUGGGCCUCAUCCUGACCAGCCCUCAGAAGAGGCACGCGUUCAGGUUGAGCGAAUCAACCGCUGGGCUUUUGUGUCUGAGAUGUGUAUUCACGGAAACCCUUCAGGAGUCGACAAUACCGUCGCGACCCAGGGCAAGGCGGUGGUAUUCCAGCGAACAGACUACAACAAGCCACCAUCUGUGCGCCCAUUAUGGGACUUCCCCGAACUACCUCUGCUGCUUGUGGACACGAAACAGGCCAAGUCGACGGCAGUCGAGGUGGGCAAGAUUGGAAAGCUGAACAAGACACACCCAAAGAUCAUUGGCCCAAUUCUCGAGGCCAUGCGCCACAUCACAGAUACUGCUUCCCAGUUAAUCGAGGACGAGGAUUUCAACCCAAAAGACGAGGAAAGCCUACGGAGACUGGGUGAGCUCAUGGCCGUCAACCAUGGUUUACUAAAUGCUCUGAGCGUAUCACACCCCCGGUUGGAGCGAGUGCGUGAGCUGAUAGAUCACGAGGGCAUUGGAUGGACGAAGCUGACUGGCGCUGGUGGUGGCGGUUGCUCCAUCACUCUGCUCAAGCCAAAUGUGCCAGACGAGAAAAUCACCAAGUUAGACAGCCAGUUUGAGGCCGAGGGUUACGAAAAGUACAGCACUACUCUUGGUGGUGAUGGCGUGGGUGUCUUGUGGCCCGCCGUUCUGAAGAAUGGUACCGAAGAAGAUGAAGAGGGCGGAAUGGAAAUCGACGUGGAUAAGUUCCUUAACGCAGAGGGCACUGAAGGCGUGGAGCAACUCGUCGGUGUCCAUGGCGAUGCGGGCGAGCGAGAAGGAUGGAAAUUCUGGCGAGUGGAAAGCGAGUAG